AUGAUGUGGCGAAGCAGCGGAGUUUCUUUCACCCGUUACGCCGCGGAGAUGGCUGCGCUGCUGAGACAGUGCCUCAAGGAGCCCUACCGUACACAGGCGAAGCAGCGAAAUCAGAUCCACCUAAAGGAAACCGUAUUCCAGAACGGCCAAGUGCUUAACCGAGAGACCUUCAACGACAUCAAGAAGGCAUUUGAAGCUGCAGGCAAGCAAGGAGGCGACAAAUAA